UGUCAAAAUCCUAUUGGUUGUACAAAACCUAUACAAAGUACUAACUAAUCUUUCACUCCACCUAUCCCUUCAAACUUGGAACUCUCAAAAAUUCUCUGCAGCCAUGGAAAUCACAGCAGCAGUUCACCACAUACCGACAAAUUUAACCUCAAAAUGGCCGCAAUCAAAGCCCCAAUUCCUCUAUUUCACUUCCCCCAAACCCACGAGCAAAAAUAUUCCCCUGUUUCUCGCCCACUGCUCCACGAAGCCAAACACCAACAAAGAUACAACGGAGGAGAAUCACUCGAGCAGCGGGUCGCUUCCCAAUUCAAGAAUCCAACCACAAGAAUCCACGCCGACGCCGACGCCGGCGCCCACUUCAAUUCCACCGAUUCCUUCAAAUCCGUCGCUCUCGAGGGGUUUGAUCUUCGAUUUGGGCCCCGACAAUUCCUGGGACAGCGUCGAAAUCGGCUCGCCGGUCGUGAAAAGGUACCUCGGCGACGAGGAGGAGCGGUGGUACAUGUGGUACCACGGCCGGUCCGGCGAGAAUCCGGAUUCCGAUUCGAUCGGGUUAGCUGUUUCGAGCAACGGGAUCCACUGGGAAAGGGGCACGGGACCUGUUCGAUCAAAUGCCGAUGUGGGAUUGGUCAUGGGAAGCAGUCAAGACUGGUGGGCGUUCGACACCCACGGCGUCACGCCCUCCGAGGUUGUGAUAAUGUCCAGCAAUAAAGUCAGAGCCAACAGCGGCGUCUACUGGAUGUACUACACCGGAUUCUCUUCCGAAAAGGUCCAAUCUUUGCCUAACUCACCCCCGAUUCCCAAGUCGUUGCCCGGCUUGGCGAUGAGCCAAGACGGGAGGCAUUGGGCAAGAAUCGAAGGGGAUCACCACAGCGGAGCGUUGCUCGACGCGGGACCCGAAGGCGACUGGGAUUCUCCCUUCCUCGCCUCACCGCAGGUUGUCUUCCACGGUAGUGGCGAUCUCAGAAUGUACUACCACUCGUUCGAUGUCCAAAACGGGGAAUUCGCCGUCGGGGUCGCUCGAUCGAGGGACGGGAUAAGGUGGGUGAAGCUGGGGAAGAUUCUCGGAGCGGGGCCCGGUGGCUCGUUCGACGAGUGUGGCGCGGUCAACGCUCGUGUCUUGAGGAAGAAUGGGAAGUACACGAUGGUUUACGAAGGCGUCGGUGCGAACGGGAAGAGGAGGGGUAUUGGCAUGGCGGUUUCGUUGGACGGAUUGAAGGAUUGGACAAGGGUGCAGGAUAAUCCUGUCCUGGAGCAAUCCGGCGACGGCAGAUGGGAUUGCGAAGGAGUGGGAUAUCCGUAUCUGGUUCAGAUGGACGGAGAAACAGAGGAGAUGAGAUUGUACUACAUAGGGAUCGGGAGAGGCGGGAGAAGCGGGAUCGGGAUGGCGGUUGCUCAAGGAAGUGGUGGUUAUGAUUUUCGGAGAUGGACUGGUUUUGGUUUGUGAAAUUGUUUAGUGUUUCAUUUGCUUUGUGUGAUUCUUGUAUGUUUUUUAUCUUGUUUGGAAUUCUUGAUCAUUCAUUGUUAGGGCAAAUUCUGGCCACCCUGAGGUAUGGUCUAAUUACGAAACAAUCCCUCUUGUUUGGGUAAUUACAACCACCCCUACUUUGAAA